UCUGUCAUUUUGUUUUUUUUUUGUUGCUUUUUUGUUGCCCUUGUUGGUGUAGUUGUUUUCUUUUUGUUUGUUUUUUUUUUGCUGAGCUUCCAAAUUAAUAUUUAUUUUAAUAAAUAAAGAAUAAAAAUAAAGUAAAUUUAUAGUUAAACAAAAAUAAUAAACACCAAAGAGUAACCAUGGACAAAUUGCGCAGGGUAUUAAGCGGCGAAGAUCGUACUCCCGAUGAAGAAAGCAGCAUAAUUCAACAGAUAAAUGAAGUCUCAACUCUCAGUUGGUCGACGCGUAUUAAAGGCUUCUGCAUUUGUUUCGCGAUUGGAAUUCUGCUGUCUUUUCUUGGCUCCUUAGCCAUGUUCAUACCUCCUCGUGGAAUUGUACUUUUUGCAGUAUUCUAUACCCUUGGCAACAUUAUGUCGAUGGCAAGUACUUGUUUUUUGAUGGGCCCAUUUAACCAAAUCAAAAAAAUGUUCGAUCCAACCAGACUUAUUGCUACAUGUAUAGUUAUAGUAACGUUUGUUUUGACUAUUAUAGCAGCGUGUGUGCUACAUAAAGCUGGUUUAACAUUAAUUCUCAUUAUUGUACAAUCACUGGCAAUGACUUGGUAUUCAUUAUCGUACAUUCCAUGGGCUCGUGAUGCUGUCAAAAAGACUGUUUCCAGCUGUCUUGAUGUUUAAAAAAAAAAAACAAUCUACGUUCUUUUCUCUUGUAAUUAUUUAUAUUAUUUUCUAUACAUUGUAUUUAAUUAUUUGAAAUAUUAUCCAAGCCCUAACCGUGAA